ACGUCACGGCGCGAAGCGUCGUGGGCUCCAAUUGUUACGUGGUCGCGGGCGCUGCACUACUCGACGCAGGUCUCAGCGGACUAGACAGGUCAAGGAGUGUUUCACCAAUGGCGGUCACGUGGAUCCCCGUUAGCCCUCGUGAAUAAAACACAAGACCACAAAAUCCCAUAUUGUGUCAAGGAUAAUCCAGGAUGAGUUCUGCAGGGGACGUGGGGUCUCCUCAGCAGUCCCCUUCCCAAGAAGCGGUGCCCUCCUUGGGAAGCAAGCCUCGACUCCAGUCUCCGCUGGAUUACCGCAAUGGGGAUCUGGUGUCACGGCUGUUGGCUGCAACGCCGCCAUAUCUGUACAACAUGCCACUCGUCCCACACAGUUUUUUCUUCAGCGAGAUGCUGCGUAGCUUCGUGCAGGCCAAGGCGGAGGGCAACGGCAGCCAGGGAACAGCCGUGCGCGGUCCCACUGCAGCUCAGCAACGUCGUAGCAGGAAGCGUUCCUGGAGAGAAGCCAGCACGGAUAGGACGAAACUUUCCUCCGUGCUAGGGCCAACACUUGACAAGCCUCUGGAACUAACGACAACCUCUAGAGGGCAGCAACCGCCACCUGCUCCACCACUUCCGAAUCCUCAGGAGGAGAAACCUCCUGUCCCUUCAUCGUCACCUCCCACUCUCCCACCGCCCCCACCCCCGUUGCUCCUUCCACCGUGUGGACUGCUUCCACUGCCAUCCCCAGACCCAGCACUACCUACAGACAUGUUACUCCCGCCUCCUCCUCCAUUGUGGUAUCCCCCGCUGUACCCACUCCCCCCACAGCCCCCAUAUGGAAUUGACCCUUUACAUUUCUUCAUAGAUCUCCGUGUAUCGGGACAUAUAUGGGACCGAAAGUUGGGGAAAGACACGUCACCAUCUGGUGAGCAGUUAAGUCACCCAAGUGGAGUAGUCGUUCCGGACGAGAAGCCUCUACAGAGGUCACCGUCGGUCAGUAGCUCCAGUGGUCCUUCAUCCUCAUCAUCUUCGUUGGUGAAACAGAGUAAGCACUGCUCAGCCUUCAGUGUGCCACAACCCAGAGGACACCAGUCCCCGGGUGUGGAAUGUAGGAACAGGCGCGAAUCGGGAUCCUGCACCACCAACUACGUGAUGCAUAACCUGACACGCAUCUACCAGGACGUGAGGAAAAAUCAACAGCGACACGGCGAGGAUCAGGACGACGACAAGUCCUCCUCGACAGAAGGACAGGAAGGUGAGGACAAGCCUCGGUGUAAGGACCUGAGAGCCCUCAUCGGAUUAGAGCUGGUCGUAGACUAUGUGAAGCAAGAAGGUGGACCGAAAACAUCGCGUCGUAGUGAAAGCCCCAGCGAGGCGUCAGGUAGCGAGAGCACUGUGGACGUCGUGGGACACGACAAGCUCCAAACGACAACCCCUCCAGCCGUCGAACACGACGUCAUGAGACAGCUGUAAAUUUCAUCCGCCUUCCUCAAUAAGGAAUUCCUGGAACGUCAGCUACUCUACAAACCUUUGGGUUGUUGUCCUUGUAAAGAACUCCAAAUGAAACAAAAACUUGCACUUUUCAAUUAUCUGUGUGAGUUACGGAUGCUUGAUACCCCAGUAAACUCAGGGAAGGAUUUACGAAAGACUUUCAUUGCUUAUAUUUAUUUAUUUAUUUAAUGUUGCUCAUUUUGUUACGUUCCCUUCAACAAUUCCGAAAUCACUUCUCAUGCAACAUAUUCGAUGAACGAGCUAUACGUUUUGGAAAUAUUUUAAUAGAACCCAAUUAAACGUAAACGUAUCAGUAAACAUUGAUGUGGGAGCAGAAUAUGCACUUUGCCUUCUCCAGCCCGGUGAAAUCUGUCAUUUUGUUUCCACUACCAAUUAGUUAGCGCAGGGAAGUCUUGCGAGUUAUUAAGUAAGUUUAUGACUGUUUUAUAUUAUAAAAUCUGUAAUUAAUUAUCAGUGUGAUGAUUAUGUUCAUCGUUAUUGCUUAUAUUAUUAUUAUUUGUUUUGUUUUGUUAUUGUUCUUUUGUAUUUGUGCUGAUUCUGUAAUUUAUCUAAGGCUGCUGAAAUCAACACGUAAAUAAAAUAUAAUUUAAUUUAAUUUAAUUGCUAAAUGCAGAAGAGAUUUUAAAUGGCGUAAAGUCCAUCUACUUUACAAAAAACGGCUACUACACAUCUAAGUAGCCUUACAGAAGAAAGUCCUCUGUAAGCAUGCUUGAAAUUCCCAUCGACAUGCUGGUACCGGGAACAUAUUGAAUCAACUUACUUCAUAAUGAUAAUGUAAUGGUUUACGUCAUUAACUUACAGUAGUACUUUCUCGUACCCUUAUUAGAGUGUAGUUAAAAAUUUUCAGCUAGCCCAUAAAAAUUUUCUAUAAUUUCAGUCAGUGUAAAUCGUCUUCUGUGUCUUCUCGAAUAUCAAGCAUCCAUCCUGCAUGGCUGUCCCGCUACAGGCGGCCUUUUUUGUUUAUUGUGACGUAUCAGAACAAGCAACAGUGGGCAUCUUUUCAUGUAAUACUGUGCUCAAACAUUUCACAUGAAUGUCAAGGAAGCGAUAAGUCGUGUCGAACACUGCCCAAUCUGAUACAUUAACAAGAAAUUAUGUGUGAUGAUUUUCCAUUCGUUGUUUCGCAAGUACUGCAAUAUCGCAAAGAAGGAAACAACAUUACCGUCGAUGCUGAAACUUAGAAAAGAAGACUUGACGAUUAGCAUGGUUCCCAAGACGCUGUGAAAACAAUGAACAGACUCUGGCUUGAAUUGCUAUGAGCAAGAAACUGAUCUCUGGCAGUAAACAGUGUUAAUAUAGUGUUAGUUCUCAGCACUUCGGAGAAUGUCUUCUCCAGUAUCAGGGAAUAAUGAAAUUGUGGAGACAGUCUCCGGAGCGAGGGAUGCUAAAUCCCUACAGACACAACUGAACACCACAGAAGACCUUACUGGAUACUUUAACUGUGUUAGCUUCAAGUAAUAUAUCGAAUUGUAAGGCACACGUAAAAUCCCUUUACUCCAGGAAGAAUGUAAAAAUGUAGUGUUCGUCCUCCUCUAAAAUAUCCACUCUGUUUAGAUGCUCUUUUACAACAUCUGAGCACGUUUCUUUUAACCUUUUAAAGCCCAGUGGUUACUAUAUGUACCACUAAGUUUAGCGUAUCAAAAAUCUUAAUUCUGCCAAGAGAAUGUAUUUGUGUGCUUCGUAUGGUUCUCACAAUAAACAGAUACUGUUUUCUUAAGCAGAAUUAACUAGUUGAUCUCCGAAUUGGAGACGUAAUAUGUUCUGUAAGUUAAGAAAUUAAUUUUUAUAUAUUAUUUUGAAUAAUUCAGUUUUCAAAAGCACGACCGUUUACUGGUAAAUACUUACAGAGAUCAAUGUACUCAUUUAAUUACAUUUUAAAAUUGGCUACCAAACUUUGAGGCCUUUUGGGUACGGAUUGCUGCAUCCUAUACAUGUAUUGCUUUUAUCUGACAUGUGUCCUUUAUAGGGGACUGAGACUGGAGGAGAUUCAAUUCAAACCGCCCCAGAUAUGUCACGUGACGCGGC